AUGGAUAUUAAAGACUGUGAAGAAAGAUGCAAAGAGAAAGACUUACAAAUAGAACAACUGACAAAUGAAGUGGAGAGAUUGACAGAAGAGAAUACAGAACUCCUUGCAUUGAACAAAGCAUUGAUGCAUAAUAACCGCGAUGAAAUAAAAAGAAUCAUAACACGGCAAAUCACAGCUACCCUCUCGAUGGUCGACGAUAACCUUCAAGACCUAAAACAAAAUUAUGUCAACAAAAUCAAGGAGUACCAAGAACAGGAAGAGGGGCACAUACAAAAGAUAAAAGAGCACGAACAACGGGAGGAUUUACAAAAGAAGAGAAUAGCAGAUUUGGAAGGAAAAAUAGAUGUAUUACAACAAGAAAACUUGCGUCUCGUACAAGCAAACAGCGCAUUGCAGAGGAGAGUUGAAGAUUUGGAGUUUGGUAAUAAAGCUCGUGACGAUAAAAUAACUUCAUUGGAGAACGACAAUAAGACACAGGGAGACGAGCUCAAGUCCGUCACCACAAGACUUGGCAAAUUGGAGGAGUCUUACAACAAAUCUCUCAUUGCUGCAAAAAAACAAGCAGAAUAUGAAGUCACCCAAACAUAUCAAGAGCAGACAAAGAAAAUCGGCCAACUCGAAAAGGAAAACAAGGAGCUCAAAGAAUUUGCCGAUACAAACAAAGGUUCCACCAUAAUCAACUCUAUCAUCCAUAUGGACGCAGCCCUCGAUUAUUAUUUGCGAUAUGUUUUGAUGCCAGAGGUCAAUAUCAAAAUCAAAAAUGGCGAGGGUAAAGGACGCACAAAAGAGUACAUAUGGGACACAACGUUCAUAGACGAAAAAAGACCAUUGUCUGAUGACCAUUUUGGAAGGAAAAAUAAUUACCUCUCGGGAUUAUCAGCAACAGACAUUGCCUUUAACAUUCACAGUAUUAAUCUGCAUGUACUCUCCAGGCUCAUUGCCCGAGAAAGAGAUAUUAAUGCCCACCCCACAGUGGAUGCGGGAUUCUUCAAGACUCUCAAGAAGUUAUUGGCGAAUGGCCCAGUCCAAGCAAAAUUGGGUUACGAUAUAGGUGCUGUUAAUGCCAUGAUCUCGUCAAUAUCACUGUAUAGAAACAGAACAGGACAAUAA